AUGCGAAUUGCCUUUCCAUCGGCUUUCACCCCGCCGAGUCCUUGUGGGCAGGCACGUGCGUUCUGUUCCAUGCAGCUUGCAACGAUACGGAUGGGCACGACAGCAACACGACUUGUGCCAGUCCGUCCGCACAGGGUGCUGUCAGCAUCAAUUUCAAUAAGGUGCCCACGACUGCACCAACGCCUGCACCAACGCCUCCACCAUGACGUCACGGACGGAUCUUCUCCAAGCUCAUUCUAUCCAUGUGCUUGCGGAUCUGCCGUUUGCGAGGGCACCGAGCUUUGCUCCACGGGCUCGUGUGCGCCUCUGGAGGCUCUGACGGUGGCGUGGCCGUGCUCGUUCCCCGGGAUCGGAAGCGGAUAUUUCAGCCUCUCUGGAGUGAGUGCAAGUGGAGCGCCAGUGUACAGAAACGCCGACGGCAGCUACCUCUAUUGGGAUGCCUCGUGCGACGGGACUGGGGACCACAACGGCAACCAGUGGAUCAUGGACAACGAGGCUCCGAGCACGACAGCGCUCAUGCACCUGGACGGCGAUGGGGACUGCGUCUACUUGGGGCACCACGACUCCUCGGCGUCCCACAGAGUCCCCCUGGGGAACUCCACGUGGGCAGUCCUGUGCGACGGCAACAUCGCCGACGCGACGGUCGGCGUCGCCUACCACGCGGGACCGGCGCCGACCCCAGCCCCGACGCUGGAGCCCGGGGCUCCGUGUGCUUGCGGGUCCCCCUGCGGUGGAUUCGCCUACGUGGACAUCGACGGCGACGGCUGCAUCGGCCUGGCAGAAGCUGCGAGCGUCGACGGGCUGGGUGCUGGCCUCGUGAAGAUGGACACGAACGGGGAUGGCUGCGUGAGCCAGGAGGAGUGUGCGACCUCCGACAAGAGCUAUCUCAUACCGAGCUUCACAGCCCCGGGUACGGCGGAGUGCGAUUACGGCUUCUACGUGCCGGAGGGGGCCAGCGUGUGCCAGAUGUGCCCCACGGGGGAGACGAGGCGGCGCCGCUCGACGCACUGCACCGAGUGCCCCGCGGGCAAGCUGGACCUCGGCGACUUCGACAACUGCAUCUCGGGGGCGUACCUUCUUGAGCCCCUCGAGCCAGGGAACACCGUCCUGGUCACCAACACGGACGUCGACGAGAGCGGGGCCCUGGUGAUGGCGGGCAGCGUCGUCCAGGUGGCGACACGCAAUCCUGGCUUCUACCAGAGGCUGACCAUCAAUGAUGUCAUCUCGGACACGCGCAACUUGAGCGCUCGCCUCUCCGCAGAGGAGCGAGCCGAGCUGGGCUCCGGGGCCGUCACCUUCAAUGUGAGCCUCACUCCUUCGCAGUACACGUUCGCGAUGUACGACCCCGUCAUAAAGAUUUGCAGCGGGACCGCCUCGACGGACUUCAGCGAGCAUUACCCGUGCGGGUGUGGGUCCUCGAUCUGCCAGUUCGGGGAGCGGUGCGAUCUAUCGUGCCACGGGGCCUAUCCUACCAGCGACGUGCUGGCGGGGAGCGCCUACGGGCAGGGGGGCUGCUGCGUGGGCCCCGCUGCCGCCGUCCUGCCGACGCCGGCCCCGACGAUCUCGGCCACGGGGGACCCGCACCUGGUCAACCUGCAGGGGGAGCACUUCGACGUGAACCAGGUGGGCGAGUUCACGCUGCUGAGGAUCCCGGAGGACGCCGGCAGCCCUGCGGAGCUGGAGCUGAAGGCGACGGUCCUCCCCGAGCACGGGAAGCCGUGCACCACGUACAUCACGGAGGUGGAGAUCUCGGGCACCUGGCUGGGCGGCAAGGUCGUGCAGGUGCGCACAGGGCGAAGGCCCAGGGCGAGCCUGGCAGGUUCCUGGGCCUGCGGGUGGUGA